AUGCGCACCACCUUCAGACCCCACCACGCCGCACCCGCCCACGGCUACGGCACCCACGGCACCCACACCAUGACAAACGGCUCGACCGCAAAGACUGCCGCAGCAGCAGCAGCUCCCGCCGCGCCCCCCGCGCGCCCCCACAGCGCCCACCGGCAGAUGAGCAUCCCCUCGGGCCUCUUCCGCACCUCGUCGGGGGCGUCAUCGCGGCCGUCGAGCGCGCGGCGUGGAUCCCGCCGCGAGCCAGAGUGGGAGGACGAGGACGCGUGGGACGCCUCGAGCGAUCGCUCCGACGACGAGGCCGGGCCCAGCUUUGGGCGCAUGACCUCGAGGCCGCAGAGCAUGAGCGCCGCUUCCAACUCAAGCCGGCCCUCUUCUGCCCGACCGGCCAGUAUCGCCGAGCGGUCGGGCGUGACGAGUCCCACGGGCUCGCGGCCGGCAAGCGGCGCCCGCUCGCCAAAGAGUAGAGCGACGCCGACGAAUCGAUCGCCAGAGCGAACGGCCGCUGCACCGAUACCGAUCAAAGGACGCCCGACUGCCGAGGACGACGCCGAGUCUGGAUCCAUCUCGACCUCGUGGGUCACGGCCAGCUACCGCCCGACUCCUCUCGAUGGCCCGGCGGGAUACCAACCGCUCCAGGUCGAGGUAGAGGCGGCCGAGGUCCGCCCGGGCAGCCUCUCGACAGGCGGAGCAUGGGAGAUGGUCGAGCCGCGCGAGGCCGAUCCGCUGACGCCCGUUGGCGCCGAGGCUCUGCGCGCUGACGCCGAGGACGUCGUGAAAGACCCGCUGCAGGCUCUCGCCUCGCUAUCCCUCUCGGAGCCCUCAUCACCCUCUGGUCGCUCCCCGCUGCCGUCUCCGGGCGUCUCGCGCCAACGCUCCGUCCGCACCGAGCGCCGAAGAGAACGGUGCAUGCGUAUCCUGCGUGGCAGCAGUGCGAAUGGGAACGGCGCCGGGGCCAUCGACCUCGGCGCGCUCAAGAGCUUUGCGUGGGGCGGCGUGCCAGGCGAGCUGCGGCCGAUCGCGUGGCAGUUGCUUCUGAACUACCUUCCUCUUCCUGAGGCUCCGCGACUCGCGACUCUGACCCGCAAGAGGAGGGAGUACGCGCAGUUCGUGCAGCAGUACUUUGGCACGGAGGGCGCCGCGCUGGACCAGCAGAUCGAGAUCGACGUCCCGCGCACACGACCGGGCGUGGCGCUCUGGUCGUGUCCGGCAACACAGCGCGCCCUCGAGCGCAUCCUGUAUGUGUGGGCGGUCCGCCACCCGGCAAGCGGGUACGUGCAAGGUAUCAACGACCUGGCGACGCCGUUCUUCGAGGUCUUUUUGUCGGCGUACGUCUCAGUCGACCCGGAGCUGUUCGACGUGGCCGAGCUGCCCGCCGACGUGCUCGCCGCCGUCGAGGCCGACUCGUUCUGGUGCCUGACAAAACUCCUCGACGGAAUCCAGGACCACUACAUCCGCGACCAGCCCGGGAUCCAGCGUCUCGUAUCCCGAAUGGGCAGCUUGAUCAAGCGCAUCGAUCCCGACUUAUCUGCGCAUUUCGAGGAACAGGGCGUGCAGUACAUGCAGUUCGCGUUCCGGUGGAUGAACUGCCUGCUCAUGCGCGAGCUCACCGUCAAAUGCACGAUAAGGAUGUGGGACACGUAUCUCUCCGAAGGCGCCGACUCCUUCUCGACCUUCCACCUGUACGUCUGCAGCGCGCUGCUGGUCAAAUUCUCGCCCGAGUUGAAGAGGAUGGAUUUCCAGGAAAUCAUCAUGUUCCUCCAAUCCCUCAGCAACACGACAAAGACGUGGGGCGACAAGGAGGUCGAGCUGCUCCUCAGCGAGGCGUUCGUGCUCAAGAACACUUGGCAUGGGGCUGAUAACCAUUUCGCGAAUCAAAGGAAUGGCGGGAUGGACUUUGGCAUGAUGGGCCGAUAG